AGCCUGUCGAACCGUAUCAUUUACAGCCAUCUCCGACUUCAUCUCCAUCGCGUUUAAUCGAAUCAACGAAAACAACGUCCGCCCCAAUCACGUGUUCUAAUACUUGCAUCACUCUCACUUCGCCGGACCUCUACUGCAAACGCCUGUCUAUCGAUUCCACUGCCACUACUCUUGUACCCCAUGACGAUGACUCGGUUACUGAUGUCUUCUCGGACGAUGCCUCGGACGCCAACGACUGUAAAUCGUUUAGUGAUGAAAGCACCGUUCACGAGGACGAUUUUUCUGAAUCACAGCCUCGGAAGGAACAUGCACUAGAACCCACGUUUGACAUUCUAAUUGCAAAAAUGACAGCUCUCACUCUCGAUGACCCGCCUCAUACUUCCAAGCUCCGACCACUCAUUCUAGUCAACAACCGCCACAAUACAUCUACUACCAUUCCUUGUCCUCUGCUCCCUGAACCCGCCUACUCUAUGGACGCAGUGACCCGACGUAUGAAGCCGCUCUCUCUUUCCGAUAGUCCAUCUACCGAUCCUGGCGCUGCUCUUCCUGAACCCGGCUGCCCCAUCGAAGCGCUGACUCGAAAUAUGGAAACGCUCUCUAUCGGCGAUCGCCCUGCUUCCACCUUGAAGCUGAAGCCUCUGCUCCUGGUUACGAAGCGCGACACCAGACACUUCAAGCUGCCUCCUCUCGCAACCCCUCUGCUUCGACAGCCUAGAUCCCAAACAGCAACGCGGAGUCAGAUGUAUUGGCCUUUUUCACUGAACCCUACGAUCUGGGCUCACCCACAGCCCAAGUGAUUCAAGGCCGCCUUCGCGCUAACACACAGCUACGCACAGCAUAUGUCCGAUGUCAGGUCCCCUACGACCAAUCCGGACGACGGCCUCCUUCUGUCCCCUACGACCCGGAACUUCACCCCCCAAGAAGUCG